CUCUCUCUCUCUCUCUCUCCCCGAUCACCAUGUCGUCGUCGUCGUCAUCGGAGGAGGAAGCAGACUCUGAAUCUCCGAUCAGCAUGUCAUAGCAUCCACAACCUCUUUCCCGCCUCAUCUUGACGCCUAUCUCGAACUGCCGCGUGCGACCUUCGCCGCCCUUCGCUGCCACAAGGACCAUGUGCUCCGCCUCAACCUCCGCCUCUUGGAGGACCGAAUCGCCGCCACCACCGUCAACGGUUGUGAUGGUGUUUCUGCAUGCUUCUCCGGAGAGAAGUACAGGCACAGCGCCUUGCUCUAUUCUCUGAGGAACAAGGAAGGUUUUGCCGCGCACAGCUCUGAGAUACCGCUCAUUUGCUCCUAUCCCGGUUUUCUGGCGACGUUAGAUUGGUCAGACUACAGUUAUCAACUCAGCAUUGAGAUGCCGACGGAGACUUUUAAGCAACUUAUCAAUUCUUUGAGCUUGUAUGGGUUUGCAGUUCGUGCCACCGUGACAAUUACUCAAAUCAUGUUCCGUGUAGUCAAUGAGGAGGUUGUUCUGAGGGCAGAGGCUGAGGUCUACAAGAUUCUGCGUUCGAGAAGUCGAUAUCCGUAUUUGUUGGAAUUUGGUCUCCAUCAAAAGAGUGCAUUCCUGAAUGCGGCGAGUCUAUCAGACAGAGUUAGGCUUCACCAGCUUUUGGAUUUACGCACUGUGUUGGAGGUACCUGUUAAGGGACUCGGUAGCAUCCUGUUUUGUUUUAAGCUUUAGGUGAUCAUCUAUGAGUCAAAAUUUACAUGUAUUUUCUCUGUCCUCGACUGAAAAUUCUUGUGGGUGUAUCGAUUUCCAGUAGAUGUUGCAGAAUCUGUCUCCAUCACCGUUGUUGACAACAUCUUUGUCGUGUUGGAACUUGGAAGUAGCUUACCUCCACCUCAUCUUGAUUGUACCUUAACCCUGCUUAGUCAGCUUAUACACCUUAGAAUGCAUAAGAAAAGAAA